AUGAAGCAAUUUGGGUACAUGCAAAGUCAAGCUGAUCACAGCUUAUUUAUAAAACAGUCUAGUGAUGGUAAGAAGUCGAUAUUACUUGUGUAUGUAGACGAUAUGAUCAUCACUAGGGAUGAUAUUCACGAGAUUGAGAACUUGAAAAGAAGGUUACAUUCCAUGUUUAAGGUUAAGGACCUUGGAAAGUUACAAUAUUUCCUUGGAAUGGAAAUUGCUCGAAGCAAGCAAGGAAUAUUUGUGUCCCAACAAAGAUAUGUUCUCAAUCUUUUGAAAGAAACAGGAAAACUUGGAUGCAAACCAGCAAGUACUCCUCAAGAGCGAAACUGGACAUCUAAAAUCAGCAAUAAUGACCCUCCAGUUGAUCGAGAGCAGUACCAACGCCUUGUAGGUAAGUUAAUUUACCUAUCUCUAACACGUCCUGAUAUUGCAUACAGUGUGAGUGUAGUAAGCCAGUAUAUGCAUUCUCCCACAAAAAGACACUACGAAGUUGUUCAACAAAUUCUACGGUAUUUGAAAGGCACACCUGGAAAAGGAAUAUUUUUUAAGAAAAAUGAACAACGAAACAUUGAAGGGUUUGCUGAUGCAGAUUGGGGAGGCUCAACUGAGGCCAAGUCAACAACAGGUUAUUGUACUAAAGUAUGGGGAAACAUAGUUACCUGGAGAAGUAAGAAACAAACUGUGGUAGCUAGAAGCAGUACUGAAGCAGAGUAUAGGGCAAUAUCUCAAGGAAUUUGUGAGCUAAUCUGGAUUAAAAGGCUGCUAGAAGAUCUUAAAAUAGAUGUUGAUGGUCCAAUGAAGUUGAAUAGUGAUAGUAAACCCGCAAUUGAAAUUGUCCAUAAUCCUAUUUGUCACAACUAG